UUUUUGAAAAACAAAACAAACAACCUUUUUCAUAUGAAAUACAAGUGGUGUGGCUAGUGAUUUAGGAAACGGUGAGUAGGCUAUACGUUGCAGUGUGUGCAUGGAUUCCGCAACAGGUCACAUAAUAGGGUGAACAGCUGACUUCGAGGCGUGCUGGCAGAUGGUUGGUAUAAGCCGGGUGGUGGUGGUGUGUGUUUGGUGGGGGGGCUCACAUUCAUUGUUUAGUUAUUUGAGCCCCACGCACAGACAAUAACCCCAUCCAGUAGCAAGAAAAGAUGGAAAAGCUUCUUCUUACAGAGAGGAAAUGGUCUAAAAAAAGUUUAGAAAAAUCUCAUUGUUUUGCCCGUCUGCUGCUUUCUACCCGCAGAUGUCAGUCGUUCAAACUCAUUUGCGAUUCGUUUUUCUUUGUAACAGAUGCAUUUACUUACAUAUUUUAUAGUAUAAGCUAGCCUAAUAAUAAAUGAAACAUAAUCAUAACCCCCCAACAAAUAAAAAUAAAAAAGUCCUAUAUGCAUAGACUAUUUAAAAGGUUAAACGUAAUUCUUGUGAAUCCAUUAAAACAAUUUGAUUUUUCCCCCACUAAAAUUUCAUUUAAUUGUCCAAAGAUGUGUCCCGUUUGUAGUCAUGGUAAGCGAUGUCUUUUGAAUAGGCUAUUUCAACAAACACUCAUUAACUUUAAGAAGUCUGAAAUCAGACCUCUACGUCAAAAAUUGACUUUUUCAUUUGGUAAGCGAUGUCCUUUAAAUAUAGUCAGCUACUCCAAGAACGCCAGAAAAAGGGGACCUUUCAGUUCUCCAGAUAGCCUACGGAUUUGCCCCUCCUCUUUUUCGAGCUCUGCAACCCAUUCAUACUAUAGGUCCCAACAGACUCCCGCAGCAUCAUCACGUUCUUAUGGUUUUAAACGGGCACCAUCCCCAUCCUCACCAGUACAGGGUAAUCGGCAGAGCACAUAACCUCUUCAGAGCACCUUGUGAAUGUUUGAAUCCAUAUCCUGAGUGGGUUUAUUUGUAGCAGCACAUCUGCAGACGUUAUUUGGGAAGUGAAUGUUGCUCCCGUGGAACAGGUGAGCAAGUGGACGACGCACAUAGAGUUUGAAUGGGUCUCGAAAAAGGAUAAAUCUACGCCAAGAAAGCAAGUUUCCAAGAAAAAAAAAAACUUUCAAGGACAUCACGGGCAAUUUCGGAGAAUCUCGGUAUUCUAAACAUCGGGAAAAUCGUUCCAUCCUCUACUGAGUCAUCAGGAGAAUCUUCAGAUUAUUUUGACUGUUUGUUGUAGGCAAGUGCUUCUGCAGUUUUGCACAAGAGUUUACCUUGUCAUUCAAAUUUGGUGGUAAAUGUUUGGGAGUCCAGAUCACUCGCCAAGAAACAUCACCGGGUUGAAAGUGGAAACUUUUGAAGACGAAAUGGAUCCUGUUCGUUCUUGGGUUCGGAAUGUCGGCGUUAUUGAUGCAAACAUAGCGGCACAGAGUGGAGUGUCCUUAUCCCGUGCUCACUUCGAAAAGCAGCCUCCCUCCAAUCUCAGAAAGUCCAACUUCUUCCAUUUUGUUCUGGCACUGUAUGAUCGCAAUGGGCAGCCCGUGGAAGUGGAGAGGACAGCGUUUGUUGACUUUGUGGAGCAGGACAAGGAGCAGACAGGAGAAAAGACCAACAAUGGAACUCACUACAAACUCCAGCUUCUCUAUAGUAAUGGCGUUCGCACAGAACAAGACCUUUAUGCACGUCUCAUUGAUUCCGUCACUAAACAGCCCAUAUCAUAUGAAGGACAGAACAAGAAUCCAGAAAUGUGUCGUGUUCUGCUAACUCAUGAGGUCAUGUGCAGUCGCUGCUGUGAGAAAAAAAGCUGCGGCAAUCGCAAUGAGACACCGUCCGACCCUGUCAUCAUUGACAGAUUUUUCUUGAAGUUUUUCCUAAAGUGCAAUCAAAAUUGUCUGAAAACAGCAGGGAACCCCAGAGACAUGAGGAGAUUUCAGGUGGUUCUGUCCACCACGGUCAGCGUGGAUGGUCCUGUACUGGCCAUUUCUGAUAAUAUGUUUGUGCACAACAACUCCAAACACGGACGUCGCUCUCGCAGAAUGGAUUCAAACGAGACGGUGGAGACUAGCAUGGAAUACGCUACUCCCUGUAUCAAAGCCAUCAGUCCUAGUGAAGGUUGGACUACAGGCGGGGCGAUGGUCAUUGUGAUUGGGGAAAACUUCUUUGACGGUCUGCAAGUGGUGUUCGGGAGCAUGCUAGUGUGGAGCGAGUUAAUCACUCCUCACGCAAUCCGAGUUCAAACUCCUCCUCGACACAUUCCAGGGGUUGUAGAAGUUACACUGUCUUACAAAUCUAAGCAGUUCUGUAAAGGAGCUCCAGGGCGCUUCAUUUAUACAGCGCUGAAUGAGCCAACUAUUGACUACGGCUUCCAGAGACUUCAAAAGCUGAUCCCUCGACAUCCUGGUGACCCCGACAAACUGGCAAAGGAAAUGUUACUUAAAAGAGCCGCAGAUGUUGUUGAAUCACUGUAUGGAAAUACCACCAGCAAUCAGGACAUGUUGCUGAAACGGGCUGCAGAUAUAGCCGAGGCUCUGUACAGCGUGCCACGACCUCACAGUCAGCUGCAGGCCAUGCCAAGUUCUCCGGUCCAUGGUAGUGUCAUGGGCCUCAGCUCUUAUCCCUCCCAGCUGGGUGUAAGCAUUGGAGAACCUGGGCAAACCAGUAGCCAAGGAUACACUCGCAGUUUGUCACCACGUGGCUAUCCAUCAGCAUCGACCCCGCAGCAGUCAGGUUAUGGAUCCAAUGGGGGCAUGAGUUACGGGGCAGUGCCCAUGAGCAGCCUGGGGGUUUCAGGGUCACCUGGCUUUAACAGUGCCUCCCCAAACAGCUCUCCUUAUGCUAUCAUGCCAUCUAGCCCCACUGUACCAGGCUCCAGUUCCUCAUCCUCCCUCUUGCCCUUCUCAUCUUUCCCGUCUUCUACAAAACAAAAAAGUGCCUUUGCUCCAGUCUUGAGACCACAGGGUUCACCGUCACCUGUUUGCCAAACUUCAGGAGGCACCAGCUUUAGAGCAAUGACAGGCCUCGUGGUUCCUCCAAUGUAGAGGAUGAGUCUUGUCCAAUCCUAAGCUUUAAAGCCAGUGGCAAGAACUGGACUGACACCAAUGUUCAAGCCACACUGAAUAAAAAGGAUACAGUUGUCUAAUCUUCUGAUGAAGAAAACCUUCAAGAGACAACAAGGACAUAUUCAAAACACUUUGGGGAACCUUCUUAAGAGAUAUCCACUCUAUGCACACCGUUCGCAUCUGAUCGUGAGGAGGUUGCCAAAGGGAUGGUGUUACUUAAAGGUUCUUCCACUAACAAAACGCCAAAAGAGCUAUAAUUUGAGAACAUGAGACUGCUACACAUUUUUGGCCAUGUGCUCUCAAUAGACUUUCACCACAGUAGAUGCCAGUAAAAGGAAUGUCAAUUGUGUCAAAACCUUUUUAUUUUUUACAAUAUACUGUUAGAUACACAUCCCUAAACUGAAAUUGUGCUUUUAAAAGUAUAUAUAUCAGGAUUUUUCAUUUAGAGCAACAGAAAAUGUUUAUUUAGGUUUAGUUUUAUGAACUGAUUACCUCAUAUAUUGACUUAUUUAAUGACAAAAACUAUAUAAGUUAUAUUUUUAGGUUAAUGACUAAUAUAAGGAACCAUAAUUGUAUUUGCUAUUAUUUGGUAUUGUUAUCUAAAUGUGUUUGUUUUUCUGUAAACAUUUUUAUAUGUUGUCAUUUUGCUAUUGAUAUUAAAAUAGUGACUGUAGAUUUUUACAUGUAAAAGUUUUGUUGUUAAAUACAUAGAUGAUAUUUUAAUUCUUUACCGACUUUAUUAAGAACACAUUUGUAAGAAAGUAUGUACUUUUGCAGAGUUUUACAGAUUCUGAUCAGGAAAACGGUGCGAAAGGAGUCUUCGUAUAUGAAAUUACUCCAAUCAGACACUUUUUUCAGAGUUUACAGCAAAAGAUCAGACCUUGCUAUCUAUGAACAUGUUUUCACAUUAUUAUCCCUACAAAAUAUUUCUGACGCACUAAAAAAACUGACAUUUUUUUCAGUCAUUCCCAUCUAUUUAUUCCUUUCUGUAAUCAUUAAAGAGUUUAUUUUUUUAUUUUUAUGUUAUUCCAAACAAACCAAAGGCAGGGCUGUAAUUAUGGACAAUAACUUUUUAGUAUAAACAUAUUAAACCAUCUGUGUUAUCAGGUGAAGAUCACAAGUCAUUUUUUUAAUCAGAUGAUGUUGCUGCCUAUAUCACUUUUCAUUGAUACAGUAUUGUUUUUCUCUUUUCCCCCCAUUCUUCCUCAGACAGUUUUGUCAUUAGCACAGGUAAACAGGAUCAUUUAAUUAAUGUUAUGCAUGAAAAGAGCAUCUGUUUAAUUAGCGCAAUAAACAAAUUGAUAUGUGUGCAGGUAUAUGGCUUAACAUAUUCUACCCGAAUUUAUAGCACACAGACAAACAGUUUUCAUGAAAACUGUCACCAGACAGUGAAUAUGAUCAAUUUAUUUAAGAUGAAGAAUGUAUGUUGGUAAUGGCUUUUUUUGUUUCAUUCUCAUCAAUAGCGAGUAAAAUUGACCAUUUGAAUAAAAACAGCCAUUCUGGCCUUUCCUCACAGGAAAUCUCAGUGGUCACGACUUCAACAUGGCCAACAACCUGCAUAAAUACAUAUGUAAAAUACAUGUAUGCGUUUAAUAAGUUCUGCUAGUGAGCUGCUGAAUUUUUUGGACAAGGAGGGUUAAAUAGGGGUAAAGAUUUGGGCCAUGGAUUUGGAGGAUAAAGCUCUUUUUUUAGCUCAAGGCCAUUUGCUACACUUUUGACAAAUCCUUUAUUGAGGUACAUUAUAACUCUUCCAGAUUCACGCCUCCUCUCUGAGUCCCCUGGGCGUCAAUGGCAGAUGGAAUACACAGAAAAGAGUCCCUUGUGUGUUUCUCAAAACAAAACAGAAUGUCUCUCUCACACACAAAUGCAUUCAAUAAAUUUUGGCCACAUGUCCACUUUCACAUAAAUUUGUAGAUAUAGUGUUCAUUUUUGAUAAUAGAAGAUAUUUUAUAUCUACUAACAUGCUCCCAAACUACUAUCUCAAAAAAAAAAAAAAAAUUAUAACGAAACUGUCUCUGUUUUCAUGUGUUUUAGCCUACUUGCUAAUGUCGUUUUACUGAAAAAAAAAAAAGUUUACUGAAAAAAAAAAAUAUAUAGAGGAUUUUGGGAAUUCUAAACGUAUAUGGGAUUUAAAAACUAAUGUGGUUUCUUCAGAGAGUAUCUCAGUUUUCUCAUCCUCCCACCUUUUAUCUAUAGCCUACUAUCAACCUUACUUUUCACGUAAGAGCGGCCAUUUGUAAACUGAACUCGCUUCCGGUAUCGCUUCCAGGCUAUUUUUAGCUGUACAAAACAGCUCGUUAUGCUGCUUGAUAUUGCAAACUGAUAUUUCUUACCAUAUUAUUUUAAUGUAUUGUAUUAAUUAUGUAAUGUAUUGUAUUAAUUAUAAACGC